GUAAUGGCCCGAGCGCUAGCUUGACAAUCUAAGCUGCUAUCUCUUAAUCUUAUCAACUUCAUUCUUCAAUUCUUCAAUCACCUCACCUUUUUGACCUUUUCCACCAAUUUCGAUUCUUCCGCACGACUUACUUUCUCCGACAAGAAUUGUAAUUAUUUGUCGGUUUCGGAAUUAUAUACUGGGAAAACGGAAUCGCAAUUGCGCAAUAUAUCAUGACGGCGACGAGUCCGGAUGCGAAGAGGGUGAAGAGGGAGGGGGAUGAGAGGCAUGAGGUCAAGAAUGGAGAGGGGGGUUGGAAGAGAGAGGAUGGGGGGGAGGGGGUGAAGAAGGAAGAUGGAGAUGGGGAGGGGGAUGCGCAGGAUGAUUUGGAUGCGUUGGAGGGGUUGGAGAGUGAGGCGAAGGAGUUUAUGAAGGACUCUGAAAUCGACAGGAUUCUAAAAGCUUUUCGUUUAGAUGCCUACGCAGUCCUCGAUCUCCAACCCGGUGUCGGCGAAUCCGAUAUCAAAAAAUGUUACCGUGUAAAAUCCCUCCUGAUCCAUCCGGAUAAAACGCGCAAUCCCCUCGCUCCAGAUGCAUUUGAUCGGUUAAAAAAAGCGCAGACGGAAUUGAUGGAUGAGAAACAUCGUGAAAGAUUAGAUGAAGCGAUUGCCGAUGCGCGAAUGCUAGUGAUGCGUGAAAAGGGAUUGAAUAGAGAUAGUGCGGAGGUGAAGGAACCGAGUGAGGAGUUUAGGAGGGAGUGGAGGGAGAAAACUAAAUUUGUGUUGAUUGAGAAUGAGCAGAGGAGGAGGAGACAGGUGAAGGCACAGAUGCAGGAGGAGGGAAGGGAACAGAAGAGAGUGGAGGAGGAGAGGGAGGAGAGGAAGAGAAAGAGGGAUAGUGAGGUUAAAUGGGAAGAGAGUAGAGAGGAGAGAAUUGGAAGUUGGAGGGAAUUUGCCAAGAAGGGAGGUGGAGCUGGGGGCGGGGAAAAGAAGAAAAAGAAGAAGGUUAAGCCUUUGGGUUAGGGAGUUUCUUGUGAAAGGGACAGGAUCUAAUUUUAUACAUGCGAAUGGGGGACGGAUGCCGAGGAAUCAGGCUGGAGUAAUCAUUAUGAAAUAAAUGGUAUAUUUAUCCAUUCUACUCCGUAUUGGAAGAGACUAUAAAAGUCACAUUAUAUCAUAUCAUUCAAACAUCCAUACCAAACUAAAACCUGCUCACCAUAACAAUCCCGAACGAAUUCAAAAGUCUUCAUCCAAGAAACAGAUUCUUGAAGUAUAUCAUAAAAAGAAAUAGAAAUAGAAAGA